GUAACUGAUAUUCCGCCUCUUGCUGCUCCUCCAACUAAUGUUGCAUCUACCACUUCUCCUUACAACUCGGCUACUACUGACAGUGAAGAUGAGAGUGACUCCAGAGAAGACUCGACACGAGUGGGCUCUACAAGCAAUUUACGUACAAUGGAACAUACGUCAACUUUUGCUGGAGAACAUACAGCUAUUGCUCCUACUUCCGCUACUAAAAACACUACAUCAACUACUUCCACCGGUACCAUUGUCACCUCUCCUAAUACACCGUCUUCGAUUGUAAGUGAUAAUGAUGAUCAGAGCGACAUAAGGCAAGAGACAACAUUAAUGAGCUCUGACACGGAGACAGGUAAUUUGCAUUUGGAGUGGAACGUCUCUCUAAUGACACCAUCAGCAGUCCAGGUAGAAUGCGUGUGCACUGCUGAUUAUUCAAGACAAGAUGGUAGCAGCAAUCCUUACUAUUUACAAGCUGUAUGUUCGGGAGACCAAAUCAACUUUGGACACGCUUUCCGCUAUUUGAUUCAACAAUCUGGAUGCGCGUGCCCUGAUGCUGGCUUCAUAGAGUCACACUGCGACCCAGUGAUAGUUACAGAAGUUUCAGCGUGGACGGCAACGUUGUCAUGGCGACAGGUCGAAGAGGCGACAUGGGAAUAUUCGAUAUUUUACACUGGUCCAAAUGGUACGAAAGUGACCCAAUGUGGAGGUGGGGCUACUUCUAUCCGUCUUACCGAUCUUUAUGCAGCUUCUGCAUACCAGAUAAAAGUGAUGGCAAUUACGACAGGCGGUCAAUCUAAACUAGUCGGCAAGACUAACUUCACCACACUCGCAGAAGGUACACUCACUCAUGAUGGACAAGGUGAACUUUGUGUAAUGAAUGUCUCAUCGAGUAUAAAAGUGAUUACAAACAAUGAUAUAUCUGAAUGUAAAUGCCAUCGAGCCACGGAUCAGUACCCAUGUGGGAAUAUAAUGCAAGAUGUGUGCGCCAAAAGUCUUCAGAAUGGUUUUCCUGUUAAUAGUAUUUGGUACAAAGCUAUCGACCUAUUGAAUACGAUCGUGUGUGAAUGCAGGUCUUCUCAGCUCGUAGAAUACUGCAACGUGCUACAAGACAUGUCUGAAGAUCCGUGCGAGAGAAACCCUUGUCUAAAUGGAGGCUCUUGCGCGGAUACCGACUGGUGUAAAUGCUAUUAUCCUGAUUGGUUUCGAGACGACUGCAACGUUAAUCCGACCAGCCAAUCAACAAAAACAGAAGAAACGACCAAGGCAAAUGUGCAUCCUCGUGCUCCGAGUAAUCCUCCAAAUAAUACAGAAAACAUGGCAGUAAUCAUUAGCAGUACGACUGGAUCUCUUUCGAUAAUGUGUGUUAUCUUAGUCCUUUGUCUCCACUUGUAUUUCAAAAAAAGGCGUAGGCAAGACGAUAGACGUGCUGAAAAGAAGAUCAUCGAAAGAAUGUCUUCAGCUCACUUCGAAAACCCAGCUUACCAAAUGGACAAGGCGGCAGGGGACAUCGUGCCUCCUCCCAUACGCCCGCGUCCAAUUUCAUCUCUUCCCGUUGGCAGUGGAGACUUAGACGGUAUAUACACGGAGUAUAUCUAUGUCGAUCAGGCCACUCCAUCACCAUCCGAAAGGGGUUCGACUGCAAAGGAUCUACUCGGUAACGGAGAAUAUAUUUAUGUCGUGGAACCGUUUGCACAAACGCAUUGUGGCUCGGAUGAAGGACCACUCUGCCCGCUUCCAACUGCCCCGCCGCCACCCGCAGGAGAAUAUAUUUACUUUGACCAGGGUGCCUCUCCCAAGACGAGAUCUGGGACCGGAAAUCGCUACGUGCUUGACCCAACGGAGAAGAAAUGUCCUGGAAAGGGCGAAGCACCGAGCGCUCCCUCCAAGCUUGGCUCUCAGAUGAAGCCGGAGUUGCCUCGCUCAAACAUCCAACCCUCCCCUCUGAAAGCAUCUGCAGAUCUAUCUAACAUCAUGUCUGCGGGAUCUGAUGAUGUUGAUAGUGGAAAUGAAUGCAUAUACGAAGAGUUGCCAGAAAUGGUCGAAGGUGAGAUAGUAGAUAUUAAGACAUGCCCUUCCAUGUCGGUUGGUUCAGUUAAGGCUGAUGUCGAUGGUGAAUUGUACUUGCUGCCAUGUGUUUGAGAAAGAACAGUCAUACAAC